UUUGUAUACCAGAUAGGUUUCAUAAUCUAUAUUUGUUAAUCAUAAUCAGACAUCAGUUUUUCAGUUUUUAAAACUAUUCUAAACGAUUAAUUUAGUUUUGAUUGAUUUUGAUUAAAAAUGUCAACUGCAAGCAAUACUCGUAAACGUCAAAAAGCUCCCCCAAUAAAGUCCAUCACUCCUGAAAAGAUAUUACAGAGGUAUUUAGAAGAACGUUCUAACUACGAAGACGAUGAAUCAGGUACAUCGAUGGAUAGUGAUUUUGAGACUUGCAAAGCCAAAAAGAUUGGACACAAACUUCGUUUUGAUGAUCGACAACUUCUUGACAUGAAGGAAACAUUUGAUUUACUUGAUUCAAAUUGUACUGGUAUUCUGCGCGAUAAUCAUCUCAGAGUCGCUGUUCGUGCUUUGGGAUUCGAACCAAGGAAAGACGAUAUUAAGGCAAUGAUUGCUAAAAUCAACGAGGACAACACUGAACGUAUAUCGUUCAAUGAUUUUGUUAAAUUGAUGGAAAUGAAAAUUGGUGAAAAAGAUACCGAGAUGGAUUUGCGCAAGUCAUUUCGUUUAUUUUGUGGUGUUGGAAAAAAUAGUCUCACUCUAGAUGACUUGAAGCUUGUUAGCAGACAACUGGGGGAGAACUUAAAUGAUGAAGAACUGGCUGAAAUGUUUGAAUACGCUGAUCUAAACAAAGAUGGUAAAGUUAAUGAAGAUGACUACAUACGAUUAGUACUGAAUACGGUAUUGUAUGACCAAUAACGAUGUGGAGUCUGACAUGAUUUAUUUUUGUUUGUAGCAAAUGUUUUAAUUGAUGUUUUAAAAUAAAUGUUUCACUGAUCUUAGUUCAAUUAGAGUUAUCGGAAGUUAAGUGAAUAAAAAUCAUGCAUAUUACCUAGAAAUGUAA